AUGGCCACCUACAAGCUAGUAUUGAUCAGGUGUGGUGACAGCACGUGGAACCUGGAGAAUCACUUCAGCAGCUGGUACGAUGCCAACCUAAUCCCGGUAGGCCAUGAGGAGGCAAAGCGCAGUGGGCAGGCUCUGCGAGAUGCUAGCUAUGAGUUUGACAUCUGCUUUCCCUCUAGGGAAGAGGGCGAUCAAACCCUCUGGACAGUGCUAGAUGCCAUUGAUCAGAUGCGGCUACCAGUAUUGAGGACUUGGUGCCUCAAGGAGUGGCAUUAUGGGGGUCUGACUGGCCUCAAUAAAGCAGAAACUGCUGCGAAGCAUGGCGAGGCCCAGGUGAAGAUCUGGAGGCGCUCCUAUGAUGUCCCACCACCUCCGAUGGAGCCCAACCAUCUUUUCUACAGCAACAACAGUAAGAAUUGCAGGUAUGCAGACCUCACUGAAGAUCAGCUAUCCUCCGGUGAGAGUCUGAAGGAAAUAGUUCCUCAGAUCAAAGAGGGGAAACGGGUACUGACUGCAGCCCAUGGCAACAGCCUUUGGGGCAUUGUCAAGCAUCUGGAGGGUCUCUCUGAAGAGGCUAUCAUGGAGGUGAACCUGCCGACUGGUAUUCGCAUUGUCUAUGAACUGGAAAAGAACUUGAAUCCCAUCAAGCCCAUGGAAUUCCUGGGGGAUGAAGCUACUGUGCAUAAAGCCAUGGAAGCUGUGGCUGCCCAGGGCAAGGCUAAGAAGUGAAGGCCAGCAGGCAUGCUACUGUCCCUGGGAACACCCUCCCUGGCCAUCCCUUCCUCUGCCCCCUGCACAUGUCACACUGACCACAUCUGUAGGCAUCUUAAGUUGUAGCUGCAGAUGGGGACCAGCGGCUCACAUUUUCAUUUAGCCAUUUGUCUCCUGCACCCACUCCUUUCAUACGAUCUAGUCAGAAUAGCAAUUCUAGGGCACAGGGUCUCAGUCCAAGCUGAGGAAAAGCUCCCCUUGUCCAAGAGAGUUGAAAGGUAGUGACUUGGGUUUUUGCCAGUGUUUUGUUUACUAAGGACUUGUGGGGAGGAACCAUGCUAAACCAUGACCAGUAAGGAGACACAAGAGCGCCUAUCUGCCCCCAGGAGCCAGUUCUCUGCUCUUCUGCAGUCAGACCACUGCCUGGGGGCUCUAGUCAUUCCAGUGGAAGAUGAAUGUAACUUGCACGGUGAUGUGACAAACAACGUUUCUUCCCUGACCCCAGAGGAGCUGGCUCUAGAAGGUUGGGAUCAGUCCUGAAUUUAGUUUAUGUGUUACAUUUACUUUUACCAAAAAAAGAAAGUAUAGUAUAUGUAAAUAAUACAAAACAAUAACCCUUGUGGUGUUUCUUGUGGUGGUUGAAAUAGUCCCACAUGUGGUCAUCAGAAAAUAAGCUAUCCCUCACACCAAGAUGGAAUAAGCUCUGAGGGGUAGGAGUGCCUCCUGCUGUGUGUUUUAGAAUCCUUCACCUGCUUUGUUUCAUGGCAGUAAAAUGCCUGUUCGUCCUAUCCAAGUGUGUCUUUCACUGACUGAUUUCUGAAUCAUGUUCUAGUUGCUUGGCCCUGCCACAAGGGCCCAGUGUUCCUUUAAGCAUAACUGUACUAAAUCCUUUUUCGGCGCAUGCCUGUAAUUCCAGCUACUGGGGAGG